AUGCAGGAAAACACAGAUUCGCCAGGUUUUCGAUCGGUUCUUCAGGCAAGCAAGCGUUCUAUAUGUAUGCCAUCGCCAAAACCACAAAGUGUGCUGGUAGAUUACAAUAUAUUACGUCCUUUGAAUCGAUCAGCGCCUUCGGAACCCAAAAAGGUCAAAUUCACACCUCUGGAAAGCAUCAGUAAGUAUUAUUUUACUUUUUUUAUGGUUUAGGCGCAGUCUAAGUUCCAAAAACUGAUUUCAGGUGAUCGAUUUGGAUACAUCAAACCAAAAGAUGACAAAAAUCAGAACCCAUACUCAAUAUCCGCUUUACCAUAUCCUACUUCUUACCCUGCAGCAACACCAUCAGGCGAACGCAAUGAAAAUGCACCUAAACCGUUGCCUUAUCGAACCGUUGGCAAUGAAAAAGUCUUUGAUCAUCGACUUUUGGAAGACAGAUGUGUUGUUUUAGUGCCAGACCAUGAACGGAUCUAUGGGCUGAGUUUGUUGGGGCAAUCCAGACCACUAUUGAACACGAAUCCUGAACUAAAAUAUCUGUUGGAAGAGGUUAAUCGUAAGUUUAUUUUUUUUGUUGGAAAUUUAGGCAGAUGGUUUGAAAUUAGCACAAUUUUGAAGAAGAACAAAGCAGAGUAUUGUAAUAAACGAAUAUUAACUAGUGAAAUCAACGGGGAAAACUGGGGUAUUCUUUUUUGCCUAUAUUAACCAUGACCAAAAUGUAAUAUAGCUAUUUCUUGUUAAAACGCCUUAAAUUUAUAAAACUUUUAACAACUGAAUUUGAAAUGCCGGUAAAACUAAUUUAAUACAAACUUCAGCCCGAAAAAGGAAACGACAACAUCAAAAAUAUUCGGCAAAAGUUGUGUUAGGUAAUGCUUUCGACGUCACAGAUGAAGAAAUUUGGGAAUCAUUGAAAAAGUUUAAUAUAGCUAGAAAAAUCGAAAGAAAUCGAGCUUCUGAAGGUAAGGCUUAUUUUUUGUUUAGGUAUCUGUUUUAGUUUUUUCAUAAGAUGUUGUGUAUUGUUGUAGGUAUUUUUAGUCUUAAUGUUAUAUUUUAGGUUUUUGUUCAAUUUUUCUUAAAAACUCUGAUAAUGUGGAAGCUUUUUUGGAAAAAUGUGAGCCUCAAGAAUUCAAUUUUAGCUACACACUGGAAAAUGGUCAAAUUGUAAGUGUAAUCUACCUUUAUAACUACACAAAAGUAUGCCUCACCCAUACGUAACACUAUAUCUUAUCCAUAUCUAACUCAUGAUAUCCUUUUCAGCUCUCCGUUUACCCCUGGUGUAAUGAAGACACUUCCUACACCACGGACGAAAACUGGCCAAUGUCAACAAGAUAUACUGUAUUUAUUGGCUGUCUACCUCGACUAUGCACAGCUUCGUAUCUAUACAACUUUCUCAAGCGUCGUCACCGCUUCUUCGACCUUCUACAUGUUCGUAUCGACUGUGAUCCCAGUUUAUACCCACGUGGUGCAGCUAGAGCGGUUUUCAGAACAGAGGAAUCGUAUCGGAGAGCAUGUUCGUUGGGUGUGAUCAAGGUGAAAUGGUUCAGAGAGACUAAUCGGGUAAGAAUAUGUCAACUUUUGAAGAGAUUGUAACCUGAACUUGCUAGAUAUCCCAAAAUUAUGAGGUUUUAUAACAAUUCCCUCAAGGUUUUUAGACAAAAUGCCUGAUAAAAUGUCGAUUAUUACCUAAUUUAACCAAGUUAAUGACCUAAAACACUUUCAGAUCGAGUUCAAAUCCUUCAUUUACAAAGGCUUCGCUUGUGAAUCAUGUUCAGCGGACGUAAAGACCAAAUUCUGCCCAGAUAACGACUGUCUACGCUACUACUGUGAUGCUUGUUGGGGGAAGAACCAUGAAAACAAGUUAUAUCACGAGCCGGUUCGUGGUGCAUAUCGAGAUGUACCUUAUAUUACCAAACAUUUCGAGGAGGUCAAAGCUUUUCACGCGCAACGGAAGUUGGAAGAGGACCAGAGAAAGGCUAAUGGGAGUGUUUCGAGUGCUAGUGUUACUGAUAGUACUGCUUUGAGGAACAAUGGUACUGAUUCGAAGCUGAGCGAUUUUAAUGUUCCUAUUUCGAAAACAAAUGGUAUUAAUGGAAUUGCUUCGAAGAUCCGUAGUCUUAAUGAUGUUGUUUUGAAGUCUAACAGUACUGUUUUGAAGACUAAUGGUACUUUUUUGAAAACUCAUGGUACCUUUUUUUAG